UAUAAAGUGAGACUCUGCUGCUACACAGUAUCCUGUUUCUCCUCGGCAAACGGAAAAAGAUUUAAACAUGUCUGGACGUGGUGGCAAAAGCGGCAAAGCGAGAGCUAAGGCAAAGUCUCGCUCCUCACGAGCCGGGCUUCAGUUCCCUGUGGGUCGUGUUCACAGGCUGUUGAGGAAGGGGAACUACGCAGAGCGCGUUGGUGCUGGAGCACCAGUGUAUCUAGCGGCUGUGCUCGAGUAUCUGACCGCUGAGAUUCUAGAGCUAGCAGGAAACGCUGCCCGCGACAACAAGAAGACCAGGAUCAUUCCCCGUCAUCUGCAGCUGGCUGUCCGUAACGAUGAAGAGCUGAAUAAGCUGUUGGGUGGAGUGACUAUCGCUCAGGGUGGUGUGCUACCCAACAUCCAGGCCGUGCUUCUUCCUAAGAAAACUGAGAAGGCGAAGUAAACCUCCAGUAUUUCAUAAAACGGCUCUUUUAAGAGCCACACCAACUUAAGAGUUAUCCUCUAAU